AUGGAUCACAUGGAUCCCUUCCUCCAAGUCCAAGCCGAGGUCCUCUCAACCCUCAACACAACACGCCCCCUCUUCUCCUCCUACCUCCGCAUCCGCUCGCUCGCCAAAUCCCCCUCAAAUCCCGAACUCCAGCAAUCGCGCUCCGAACUCGAAACAACCCUCACAGACCUCACCGCGGACCUCGACGACCUCGUCGAGAGCGUCCGCGCCGUCGAGCAAGACCCCUACCGCUAUGGCCUGGAAUUAGAGGAGGUGCAGCGCCGCCGCCAACUCGUCGACGAUGUCGGGGCCGAGAUUGAGAAUAUGAGGCAGGAGUUGCACAAGGUUGUUGCGAGUUCGGAUGCACAUGCGCAUGCUGCUGCGGGGGGAGGUCCAGGCUCAGGAGGAGGACUGCCGAAUCCGGCGGAGUUUGAUAGUCUUGCGUCGCCUGGGGAAGGCGGUGGGGACGAUUACUAUGCGGAGAUGGAGCAGCAGAGGCAGUUGGAGCUUAUGCAUGAGCAGGAUGAGCAGCUGGACGGGGUGUUUCGCACGGUGGGGAAUCUGCGGCAGCAGGCAGAUGAUAUGGGGAGGGAGCUGGAGGAGCAGGCGGUUAUGAUUGGGGAGGUGGAUACGUUGGCUGAUCGGGUUGGGGGGAAGCUACAGAGUGGGAUGUCCAAGUUGAAGUAUAUCAUCAGGAAGAAUGAGGAUACCGCGUCCUCAUUCUGCAUCGCAAUCCUCAUUUUCGUUCUCGUUCUGUUAUUAAUACUAGUCAUCGCCCUGUAA